AAUUCAAUGCAGCACAAGAGAUUUCGAAGCUCUUGCCCCUCGCCGUCUUGGAACGAGGUCAUGAUCCAGCAAGGGCCAUUGCGAGGCAGCAUCGCCGUCGCUCGGCACAGGACGAUGAAGCCCCAGGCAGGCGCCGAGGUAGCGUGGAAUGGAUCGGUGGCUCACCAGCGCCUCCCCGAUCCUGGAGUGUGGAGCAUCGGCAAGAACAAGAGGAGAACGGCAUCAAGCCAUAAUGCUGCUCCAUCGCCUUCCAUCGGGCACGCCGGGGGAUAUUUCAGCGGCAGCGCUACGCAGUCGGGGGAGAAUUGGUCGAAGAAAUCCACAGAUCCGACGCCGCUGAUCGAGCAUGAGGAGCAGUCGGCCGAGGAUCAAGCCGAUUCCAGCGUCACCGCGGAAGCAAUUGCCGUGGAGAGCUUGCUCGCUCUGGACGUGCUGGCUCAUUGCGCUGUCAUCCAGUCACAAAUCCACGACUCCGCGGCCAGCGCCUGUCGUCCCCCCGGGAGAAGGGUCUUCGUCCAGAGCCUGGGAUUUUCGAUCUUCCAGAGGAGGCGGGGGCCAGUAUCGUCUCCUUCCCGGCCCAGCGAUGGUUUUCCGAGCAAGCCCUCUUCGAUCGGCGGCAGCAGUAGCGACGAGGAGGAGCGAAUUGGCCGGCCCAAGCGCAAGAGGGCGACCCUUUUGCCCUCCAAGUUCCAGGACUCGGUGCUCAUGCUGAAGAACAAGAACAAGAAGAGCGGCGGCGGCGGCAGUGGCAGCGCUAACAAGAAGAAGAAGAUCAAGAGGAAGUAGGCCUAGGAGUUUCACACACAUUGAUCGAUCCCGGCAUCGAUCGGAGCGUCGGGCAAGGAAAAAGCCUUCGUUUGGUUUAGUUUUGCUCUCCCAUGUAGAGAAAAUCUUCUCCCCCGAACACCAUUCAUAGGACCGUCCGCUUCUCUCAAAGCCAUGGAGCUACAAAAUUUCUUUGAAUGCAAUGCAAUCCCUCUCUUGCCCUAGUUUUAGAUAUGGUGCUCCUGGGCUGGGGAUGGAGCAAGCCGCCAUCGCAGGCCAAGGAUCACAGGGAUUUAGAUUUCAACUACGCAGCAGAGGACUGCUGCAGCGAGGCGGCGUGGACGGACGAGCGCCUCCAAUCGAUCGAGCGCCAAGGGUUUGCGAUCAACCAUUCCAGGGUGAAGAUCGGCCACGGCCAAGAGGAGGCGUUCAUCAGGGCCAAGAAUUUGCUCCAAGAUUGGCGGCAUUUCCAGCUGGGCUGGGCAUUCGUUCCGCGGGAGACGCCGAUCGAGCGUGGCCAGGGAUUCAAUGUGUGUAGCAAGGAAGGGCUUUUCUGGAUCGUGAAUCCAUUACGUAUUCGCUACAUUCGCGACGAUCGAGAGCAAGCCAGGAAGAACAACAAAAUCGUCUACGCCUUUGGAAGUGGGACCUUGCAGGGCCAUCUCCUGGCUGGUGAAGAGCGAUUUUCUGUGGAAUGGAACAAGGAAGAUGACAGCAUCUGGUACGAGAUCUUCUCCUUCUCCAAGCCGGCGCAUUUUUUGUCGCUGGCAACUUAUCCUUACGUCCGAUUCAAGCAGCGCCUGUUCGCCAAGCAGUCAAGCGACAAGAUGAUCCAGGAAAUGCGCCACAAAGUUUCCUAGGAUCUUGCAAGCUCAAGGAAAGAAAAAACGCCGGCUUGUUGAUGGCUGGGUGAUGGUAAUAAUCUAUCUAUCGUCAUCAAAAGGA